UGAGAUUUAAAAAGUAAUAAGUAAAAUUUUAAUUUUAUGCAUUUUUUUGUUUUUUUUCUAGGUUUGCUGGCUAUGACAUUAUUGGGUAGUGUUGGAGAAUCAUACGAAGAACUUGCUCAAGCACUUCAAUUUUCUAAAGACAUAAAACUGAACCGCAAUACUCACGAGCAAUUCGGUGAAUUAUUACGAGCGUUAAACUCAGACAAUGUCUCUAGUAAAACUUUAUACGCAGAUGUUAUUUUUGCUGACAAGAGUUCUAAAUUGCGGCUCGAGUACAGAGAUUACUUAAAGAGGGUGUACGACGGUGACGCAUUGGGACUCGAUUUUAAGGAUCAACUAACAGCAAAAGAUGCCAUUAAUGAGUGGGUGAAAGACAACACACAGGGGAAAAUAUCGGAUUUUCUAAAAGAUAGCCUACCGGCUGCUACCAAAGUAGUCUUAUUAAGUGCAUUAUACUUCAGCGGCCAAUGGAAACAUCCAUUUUUAGUAGAAUAUACGCAGAAGUUACCAUUUAAUGCUCCAGUAGAAAAUACUGUCAUGGUAGAUCAAAUGCUGAAUAUAGGCAGUUUUCCAUACUUGUCUUCUUACUCUGAUGAUCUUCAUAUGAUUGCUCUACCAUAUAAUGAUAGUAUGACUACCAUGUAUGCGAUAAAACCUCGCCGUCCACGAAAACUGACUUUACCAGAUCUUUUGGAUAAAUUAGAUUAUUAUAAAAUCGAUGACUUAAUUAACAGAUUAUCAGAAAGAAAAUGUGUGAUUAGGUUUCCUAAAAUGGACCUUCAAAAGACUGAAAAAUUGGAAAGCUCUCUAAAAGCUCUUGGGAUUAAAUCUAUAUUCACACCAGGGCUUGCGAAUUUUGCCUUGAUGAUAGAUACGAAUAAAGUUGAAAAUAAAACCGAAGCAGAAUUAUUGAGCAGAAUAAAUACUGAUGAUGAAGAAACAUCCAGGUCUUUUAAAGAGAUAGUGAAUAGUCUUCCUAAUCCAGGAGUAUAUAUUAAUACAAUACUACAUGAUGUAAAAAUAAAAAUUGAUGAAUAUGGCACUGAAGCAGUCGCCGCGUCAGGUGGUAUUUUAGCCCGCACUGCCGAACAAUUUUAUGCAGAUUCACCAUUUUUCAUAUUUAUACGAAAUGAAAGAACAAAAUUAGUGACUUUUAGUGCUGUUAUUUUUGAUCCAACAACAUGACCAGCCUAGCUGAAUGGAAGGCUAUUAAAAUAAUUUCUAUCUAAUAAGAUACUGCCUCAUGUCUGAGAAAUAAGAAUAAGGAGUAAAAAGAAAUGAGUUUGUUUAAGCACCUUAUAUUUAUGAGAAUAAACAGCAAUAUUAAUUAAACAUUAGCUAUAGCUUGAAACCUAACCUAUAGAAAUAAUUUAUCUGUUGCCUCUUAAUUUUUCAAUUCUAUCAUUCAAAGUUUGCUUCCACUGUUCUUCUGAUAUACUCUGUGCCCAUUCUGGAAUUGAUGUUUGUGGUAAAGCAAAAUUAGCCAUCGCCAACAUAACCUGCAAUUUGUGUAAGUAAUUGUUCCAACUUAAUAAUCAAUACUGAAACCAUUAACAUUUUUCAACCUUUAAAUAAAAUAAAUUUAAAGCUCCUAAGCAUGAGGUUGAGAAACUAUAGCUACUAUAGCAGAAAAAAUAUUUAACGUAAAUAUAAUUUAUAUUUAUGUAAAAUAUUGUUUCUGAUAAUUUUAAUGAAAACUUUAAAACAUUAGUAUAAAAUAGAAAAAAUUUUCAGUCAAUUAGACAAACUUAAAGAAGAGAUACCUAGAAGAACUACAUACUUUGUUGCCUUUUCCAUUCAUGAUUGUUAUAUUUUGUUACAAAUAAAUAAUGCUCCUUUUA